CCUUUGCUCCUCCUCGGUACUGGCCCGAGCGACCUGGGAGGCUUCGCACGCAGCCUCGGUGCUCCGUCUAUCCCCGGGCCUGCAGCCAUGGCCUGGGCUCCCCCCGGCAGCAGGACGCGGGGCCAGCAGGUGCAGUGGCUGGGGCUGCCUUUGCUGCUCGGCGUGUGGCUGCUGGGCCAGGCGGCCGACGGACAGCGCUCGGCGCCACUGGCCGAGCUACGCUCGUCCAUCUCGGGCGUGGAGGAGCUGCUGGAAGAGUUCCGCAAGCAGCUGCAGCAGGAGCCGCCGGUACGGGAGCGGGAUGACAGCGACGACAACCGUGAGCCGCCUCAGCAGCGUGCCGGGGCGGAAGCCGGCUGCCCCGGCGGCGGCUACACGGUCAAGCCCGACUCCAUCAUCCGCACCAAGGACUCGCUCGGCGCCGGGGCCACCUUCCUGACGGCGCCCGCCGCAGUCCGGGACUGGCAGCAGUGCGUGGCCGCCUGCUGCGCCGAGCCCCUCUGUACGGUGGCAGUGGUGGAGCUGCCCCAGCCCCAGGCCGCCGGCGACCUGCACUGCUACCUUUUCAACUGUACCUACCGCGGCCGCAACGUCUGUAAAUUCUCGCUGCACAGGGGCUAUAAUAGCUACAGUCUGAGCCCGGCCACAGAGAGUCAUCGCAACAUCACCUCCCGCCCCGGAGGGCCUCUGGGAAGCAGUAGAGGCAGGCCGGCUGCAUCCCUAGGGGCCCGGAAAAAGCCGCUGCAAAGCUCAACUCUGACUGCAGAAGCUGCUUUCUCAGCCUCAUCCACACCCCUGGAAUAUGAUGAACCUCCACAUAGCAAGGCAGGACAAGACAUAGUUUUGCAGCUGCCUACAGAUUGGUUGACUUUGGAUGGCCGAGAAAGCACAGAUGACCAUGCAAUCAUUAAAUACGAAUGGACUUUGCAGCAAGGUGACUCAUCAUUGGAUAUGAAGGUACCUCAAUCAGGAAUCCUGAAGCUAUCCCAUUUGCGAGAAGGAGUAUACAUCUUCCAGCUGACUGUGACAGACACUGCUGGUCAAAGGAGCUCUGACAAUGUCUCCGUGACUGUCCUCCCCCAGGCACAAACUGCAGUAGAAUGUUUGAAAGUUUGCUCCCGCUAUCAUUUCUUCUGUGAUGACGGCUGCUGUAUUGACAUCACACUGGCCUGCGAUGGAGUGGAUCAGUGCCCUGACAGAUCUGAUGAAGCUUUCUGCCAGAGUGUGAAUCCUGGCCGCAAGACAAUAACUCAUGCUGUACUAAGUCCAGCCCAGCAAAGAACUGUGGGAUUGACUAAAGAUGAGGACAGAAGUCUCCCUUCACAGAACAUCCAGAAACCCGCAAGGAAACAGCUGCUCUCAUCAGCUAAUGCAGACAAAAGUAACCAUUCAGAGUCUCAGGGACCAAAGAAUCAAAUGAAUGUUUUAAUACCAGGAGCAGUUUCCCAGCAGACUUCAACAGAGCCAUCAAUCCGUUCCAACUCUGAGCCAGAUAGUAGCUCCACAGGGAAAGAUAUAAACCAGAAAAAAGGAAAUUAUAUUCCUGAGUCAAAGAGUAAUCGAAUAGGAGAACAUCCAAUCCCCGAAACAGGCGCAGUCUUACCCCUGGCACUAGGUUUGGCCAUCACCGCUUUGCUCCUCUUCAUGAUUGCUUGCCGACUUCGAUGGGUAAGACAGAAACUCAAAAAAGCCCGGCCCAUAACAUCUGAGGAAUCGGACUACCUCAUAAAUGGGAUGUACUUAUGAGAAACAUGUUUCUUAGUGGCUGAGAAUGGUAUUUCCAUUGAUAAUUUAUCUAGGUGUUUGACUCUAGAAAUUCACAUUUUUUUGGACUUGUGCUAAGAGCACUGAGAAUAUUAAAAAAAAAAAAAAAUCCUCGUCAAAUCCAAAAACCUUUAGUCUUAUUCCUUUUAACUAUAGUUAAAAUCUCUUUCUCUGACAGUACUCGAUAACUAUUGAUAUGUCUAUAGUUGUUCAUGGGAUUAAAAUAAAAUAUAAGUCAAAGACUGAUUAUAGUAAGCUGUGCCUGAAAAUAGAGAUAUGUAAUCCGUUCAUGCAGGCAAUACAGCAGCUCAGGGAGAUGGCCAUUGUGUGGCAGUGUUAGCAUUUCACCUCAUCCAUUGAUAUAUACAUAUACAUAUAUAUGUAUAUUCAUACAACACAUAUAUAAGUAUAUAUGUAUAUAUGUUUUCAUAUAUAUAGAUACAUAGUUAUGUACACAUAUAUUGAGAACCAGGGCCAACUAAAAAGUAAGUGAAGAUUAUUUUGGGUAUCCCUAGCUUCCCCUUUUUUUAUUUUUCCUGUCCUCUCCCCAUACUCAAUGCCUUCUCCUCACUCCUCAUCAAAACCUGUUCUCAGGAAUAAAUUUCUUCGCAGUCAUUACUGCUUUAGUAUGACUUUGUCAACAUGUUACCUCUCCUGCAGAUCUGUACUUUGAAUCUUCUCUUUGUCAAAAGAAAGGCUUUGUUCCCCAUUAAAUGAAUUUCAAGCAUCAUUGAGCAGGUAGGGAAACUGGAGAGUGGGGCAAAAUAAUUAUUGGGAAUUUGUUUUGAAUUUGGAUCAGAAGAGGCCAUAGAAUGAGAAGAGGAAAGGUGAAACAGGAGAUUAAAUUGGAGGUGGGUGAAAGAGAGAGGUUUAUAGAAAGAAUUUGCUCAUUUUCCUUACUUUAAUUUCCUGUCAUUGAUUCAAUAAUUAACAUUUCUUGAGAAUUUCUAAUGUGAUCCACAUUAGUUCUCUGUUAUGCCUAACACCUUGCUCUCCUUAAAAGCACAGCAAGGCCAUUUGCAUAUUUACCACAUUUCCACAGGAUUCUUUGUCCAUCAAAGAAAUUAAAUUUAAGUGAAAACAUUUUCAGUGUAUUUUCAGGCAAAAUGUGGCAAAGACGCCAAGCAAUUUUAGAUAGUUGCAGUUCCUUGGUUUAGUAAAACAUAAAAGUUCUUACAAUUUAAUUUUUAAAUUUUCUUUUGCUCUAUAAAAUAUCAUUUUUUAACAUGGACUCAGCCAUUCAACGUCAAAUAUACACAUUUCAGAAUUUGCUAGCAUUUUCAGACAUAGCCGUCAGCUGACUCAGCCACUCAUGCUUUUUUAGUCUGCAGGGUUUUGAAAGAUUUAUAUGAUUCUGGCACUCAUUUAAUCCUAGGAUGACAUGACCUAGAAGCUACCAUAUUGAGCAGAAAUACCAUUUGGGACUGUCAUGCAUUGCAAAAACAAAAUUGUCCAUGAAUGUCUAUUGAAAGUCUUCAAAAUUUUUUUGAAAAACACAAGUCUAACUGACCCUCUAUUGAAAGAAUUUAAUUCUCGUAGAGAUAAAUCAUCAAAUUACAAUAACCCAAUAUAAGCAAAACACUAGUUCUGAGGUCAGUGCUAUUCCUGCAACCAUGAGUUUGAUUUUCAGGCCAAAUCUUUCAACAUAUUGUGCAAGUAAGACAUCAUCUCAGCUUCCUGAGAAACUUCAAACAUUUGCCAACUACACCUUUAGCACCUAGCAAAGCAUUAAGCUUUUCCCAAGGGCAGUUUAUAGAAAAAUAAAUGUUAUCUAUGAUGUUGUGCAAUUUAUUUUCAUGUAUAAGAAUGUCAUUCAUAGCCAUAGCCAAUAAAAUUGAGACAGAUAAGGCAUGCAUCUUCUUGUAGCUCAUCUUUUGUACUUAAAGAAUUAAAAUCAACUUUAAGAUUGCCAUGGUAUAUAAACUGUCUAUGUAAAAUAAUAUUGCUCCAAUAAACCCUAUUUUAUUCUUGUCUUUUAAAA